UGUUUUGCAUUUGGAGAGAGCUUUACGUGUCACUGUCUUACCGUUUCGAUUAAUGUGGGCAGAAUGGGUGAAACCUAGAUUUGAAUUUUGGUGAAAACGUGUGAAUUAUAUCGUGUGACAGUCACAAAAAAUAUGACGAAAGAUAGAUCAGAUACAAGACGGCGGCAUCUAGUCAAGAAUAAACCCCCAGAAAUAGUAAAUAACCAUGUCCCCACCAGGGUAUCAUCAAAGACAAAACAGGGAAUGGAUUUCAGGACAAAAUUGAUUGGCAUAUUUGUGACGACAGUGUCAGUUGCACUUAUUGCAUAUUUUAGAUAUCAACAGUUAUUAAAGGAUGCUGUGAAUACUCCAUUUGAUUCGCCUAAAAUCAUCCAUGAUAACAGUUCCAGCGCACUAGUAACACCAGAAAGAUUUUGGGGAUCAUACAGACCCCACACAUAUUUUGGUCUAAAGACUAGAACAGCUCAUUCACCUGUUGUAGGCCUAAUGUGGCUUCAACAGUUUACUGGUAAAAUGCCUCCUCCAAUAAGACAUUGGUGCAAUCAAGAUGACCAAAUUAAAGGAUAUGGUUGGACUGCCCAUGAUGGUGUUAAUUUUGGUGUGCAAGAAAUAAAUGAUGAUAAUUUUGUAUUAAAUACAUCAUUUGUAAAACGGAGUGGAGGUAUUCAUGGUGGUGAUUGGACUGCUAAAAUAUCUGUGAUGCCAAAGGAAAGUGGUUCUCCAGUUUUUGUAUCUCUAAUGUUUUACAUGGCUUUAGAUGGACAAGGACAUCUGAACCCUGUAGCAUCAAAGAAUCGACUUACAGAAAUAAAUGGAAACACAGAAGAAUUAGGCAAUUUUAGGAUGUCUUUUCCAAAAGCAUCAGCAAAAAGUCCUAAAUACCAUCACCUGGUUACCUACACUCAAAGCAUAGAGAAACUUAAAGAGGUUAUGAUGGGAAAUAUAAGAGUUGAUGCCUGGGAUAAAGCUAGAACAAUGCCCUAUUUUAUUUUGGGUGGAAGGAUGGUUCCAAGAGAUAGUCCAGGUGGUCCUAACUACGCUGUACACCAAAUAACGGCUCAGUUACCCAUAGAAAUGGAAGUUUUAUUUGAAUCUGAAAGUGUUGAAGACAGAACAGAACCAUUGUCAGGAGAAACGUAUGACAAAACACUUCAUAAAUAUCUGGCACGAUUUGACCAGAAAUUUACUGAUUUAUUUCAGCUACAGAGAAAGGGUUAUAACAAAUCAGUGACAAAAUUUGCUACAUCAGCUAUGUCCAACAUGAUUGGUGGGAUUGGGUAUUUUUAUGGAUCAUCAAUAGUGCAGUCAAAAUAUCAUAAAGAACCUGUAAAUUAUUGGAAAGCCCCUUUGUACACGGCUGUGCCUUCUCGACCUUUCUUCCCCAGAGGGUUUUUAUGGGAUGAAGGCUUUCACAAUAUUUUGAUUCGAGAAUGGGAUGAAUCCAUUUCAAGAGACAUCUUGUUCCACUGGUUAGAUUUAUUAAAUUCUGAGGGUUGGAUACCAAGAGAACAGAUUCUUGGUGAAGAGGCAAGAGCUAAAGUCCCGGCACAAUUUGUCGUUCAGCAAAAUAGAAAUGCAAACCCACCAACCUUCUUCCUUCCACUGCAAAAGAUAAUAAGCAAUAUGAUUAAAAGUAAUACAGAUAAAGAUCGUGCUAUCCUAAAAGCUUUGUACCCUAGAUUAAAGGCAUGGUAUAACUGGUACAAUUCAACUCAAGUUGGAUCACAGAGAUCUGUGUAUAGGUGGAGGGGCAGGGACCCAACUACUAACAAACAACUCAAUCCUCAAACACUAACUUCAGGCCUUGAUGAUUAUCCAAGAGCUUCUCAUCCUACUGAUGACGAGAGACAUGUUGAUCUACGCUGCUGGAUGGCAUUAGCAUCAGGUGUAAUGGCAGAUAUUGCUAGAGCAUUAAAUGCUGACUGGGAGGAAUACAGAGCAACUUAUCAGAUGUUAUCAGAUAAUAAAUUACUUGAUGAACUUCACUGGUCCAAAGAGGGUCAGCAAUAUAGUGAUUAUGGUUUUCAUACAGACAAAGUAAAAUUAGAAUUUCCUAAAGUUAAUCCAAAUCAGCCACCAGGCCAGCAGCCAGAGAAAGUCAGAGUUGAGAUAACUAAUCCAAAAUAUCAGUUUGUCAAUUCUUUUGGAUAUGUGAGCUUAUUUCCCUUUUUGUUAAAAAUUGUAGAACCAAGUUCUCCAAAACUAUUUACAAUUUUAAAUAACAUAAAAAAUCCCAAUAUGUUAUGGACUGAUUAUGGAUUAAGAUCAUUAGCGCGUAGUGCCAAGCUUUAUAAGAGAUACAAUACCCAACAUGACGGUCCAUACUGGAGAGGAGCUAUAUGGAUAAAUAUGAACUAUUUAACAUUAGGGGCAUUAAAUCAUUAUUCUUUAACUGAGGGACCAUAUCAAGAACUAGCUAAGACAAUUUACAAAGAUUUAAGAAAUAAUAUAGUAGAAAAUAUGUAUAGACAAUAUAUAAAAACUGGAUAUAUUUGGGAAAAUUAUGAUGAUAAAACUGGUGAUGGCAAAGGAAGUCAUCCAUUUACUGGUUGGUCAGCCCUUGUAGUCCUCAUAAUGGCUGAAAAAUACUAAGUACCUUGUUAUGUUUUAUCAUCAGAAACUACUCACAUUUCAAUAGUUGUUACCCAAUUAAGAACUUAAUAUAGACAGAAUCACAGGUGUAGAUGAAGAUUUUUAUAUGUUCACACUUUGCCAAGUAAGCCAAGCCCAUUAUCAUAUCAGGCAAUGAAAUAAUCUGUUAUGGCUGCGACUCACAUAGAAAUGUACUCUUCUUGUCAUGAGGGAUUUCAAAGAAUAGACUGAAUCACACAUGUAUAUAUAGAUUUUUUUAUAUGUUCAGACGUGCCAUUUAAGCUAAGCUCGUUAUCACAUCAGGUAAUGAGAUAACCUCUGCUGUCAUGGCUACGACUCACAUAGAAUCGGCACAGAAUUUGUUAUACUCUGGUCAUGAGAGAGAGAGAAAUGGGGUUUAACGUCCACUCGACACAAACUAGGUCAUUUCGGGACUAACAUGGUUCAAUUAUAUUUACAUAAUUCGCUUGCGCGUAGGGGUCUUUAGCAGUGGGAGGAAACCGGAGGCCCCAGAGAAAACCCACGAGGUUGGACAGGCGACCUUACUCCUUGCCACGUACAACCGGGGAUUCGAAACCACGCCAGUCGACUCAAUGACAGACUUUA